AUGAGCACAUCUUCAAGCCUUUGGUCCAGCCUUCGGGGAUAUAAAAGACCGACAGCUACGUGGAUCCCGGAGACCGCCCGGAGUAUUAAUGGACCACGACGACCCAUUAUGCUGAGGGUGGCGAUACAAGGCACCAUAACUGACAUUCAUCGCCAACUCGGACACGCAACCAGCACACGACAGAGGCAGCCAUUCGCAGUCGUUUUGUGUAGUGCCUGUCGGGUGCGCACUCUCAUAAAGUCGCCGACUGCCGCACUACGAGCUUCAUUACAGCCUAUGGCCGUAGACAAACCUCAAAUUGUGACAAACCUAAUCAUCGGAUCGAGUGGACAUAUGGUGCGAGGCAGUACCUUUAUAAUAGCACGACGCCAAGAUUGGGUUGACCGUUUCAGUGAGCCUACGAUUAUACACUGCGAUCGAGUUUCGGCCUUCGAGAACCAAACUACAAGACCAAACUAUGUUCCUUGUUACAAAUCAAGAAAACAAGAGUUACUUCUUAUCACCCACAAAUUGACAAAACUUUUGCACGGAUCAACAGAACGAUCAAGUGAAUAUUGUCUGCAUUUGUUCAUCGCCAUUCCUGUGAUAGCUGGGUCCAACACUUGCCACAGUGUUUGCUAG